UUUAUUUAUCUAGUAACCCUGAUGGCAAAUAGUGCAAUUAUGAUAGUAAUAAGGAGCAACAGUCACCUCCGCAGCCCUAUGUACUUCUUCCUGAGUCAUUUGUCUUUUAUUGAUGUCUGUUUCUCUUCAGUCACUGUGCCUCAGGUCUUAAUGAAUUUCUUUACAAGAAACACAAUUUCACAAAGCAGCUGUAUUGCCCAGAUGUUUUUUGUCAUUUUAACAGGAUGUACUGAAAUUUUCAUUCUUGCAGCCAUGGCUUAUGACCGAUAUGCUGCUAUAUGCAAGCCUUUGUAUUAUGUUCAAAUCAUGAACCCUGCCUUUUGUAGAGGGCUGUUGGUGGGUGCAUGGGCAAUAGGUUUCAUAUAUGCUUUGGUAAAUACACUGCCUGUAUUGAAACUAGUGUUCUGUGGUCAAAAUAUUAUCAAGCAUUUCAGCUGUGAGCUACCCUCUUUACUUGCUUUAUCCUGCACGGAAACCUUAAUGAACAUAAUUAUCUUCUUAAUUACUGCUAGUAUGAUAGCAAGUUCUUCAUUCUCCAUUAUUCUUGUGUCCUAUAUCCACAUUGUCUCUACAGUCCUAAAGUUGCAUUCAUCAGAAGCUAAACGAGAAACCUUCUCCACCUGCAGUUCCCAUCUUAUUGUUGUGGUUUUGUUCUUUGGCAGUGGCUGCUUUAUGAGACCAAACUCGGCCUCUUCAAUCAUUGUGGAUGAAUUCUUCUCCAUCCAAUAUAGCAUUUUAACUCCCAUGUUGAACCCCAUUAUUUAUAGCCUGAAGACCAGGGAAGUGAAAUAA